AUGGGUGAAGAAGGAACUAACAAUCCUGUCCUCGACGGAAUCGCCGCCGUGGUCGGCGAACACAUUCUGUUCGGAGGCAAAUCAUGUAGACCUAAUAGUAGUACUAGUGUUGUGUCUGAUAAUGAGCCGGGACAGAAGAACUACAGAGGAGUAAGGAAGAGGCCGUGGGGGCGGUGGUCGGCGGAGAUAAGGGACAGGAUUGGUCGGUGUCGUCACUGGCUUGGAACAUUCGAUACGGCUGAGGAAGCGGCACGUGCUUAUGAUUCGGCGGCUAGAAGGCUGAGGGGAUCUAAGGCGAGGACUAAUUUCGAGAUCCCAUCUGUUCUUCCGUUGAUCACUUGUAGUUCGUCGGAUGGGGAUGAUCAGAUGAUUAACGGCGGGAGGAAAAGGUCGCGCGGCGGGAGUAAUAAUAAGAAGAAGAAAAAUGUGAGGAAAUGUGCGGUGGUGACAUCGGUGGCGCAGCUUUUUAGCGGUUGUGUUCCGGCGGGGAUUGGUUCUUUUUCCGGUGAUCAGAUGGUGGUGAAUAGUGGUGGGGAGAAGAAGAAUAAGGGGCCGGGGUUAAUGGAGAUUGACUUGAAUCUUGGUUUUCAUCUUUAA